AUGGCUGAAGAAUGGGAGCAAGGACACACAUGUUACGCUCAGGCUAAUUCAGACAUCGAGGUCGUCUGUGGCUCGCAGACAGUGGACCUUCAGAUCCUCCUGUGUCCCAUCUAUUUCAAUGGAUACAACGAGUCACUGCUGGCCCUCAACUCACAGCACUCCAAAAACCAGUGCAAAGGGACUGCUGACUGGACAGCAGACCCGCCUGUUGUCAAAUUCAACUUCUCCAUCUCAGAGGAAGCGAUCACCGAAUGCUCCAGCACAAUGACAGUUUCUCAGGAGACAGGGACUGGACUAUUUACAGAAUUCUCCAGUGUCCAGUACAUCAGCAUCACAGGCAUGAUCUGCUCUGAAGACCCGACCGCUGGAGCCAUCACCUACCACCAGGAGGUGAUGUACAAGUUCUCCUGCCGCUACCCACUGCAGUACCUGGUCAACAAUACUCAGAUGAGUGUGGCUGGAACCAACCUGGCAGUCAAAGACAAUAAUGGAAGUUUCAUCAGCACACUAAGCUUACGACUCUUCUCGGACAACAGCUACUCUUCCUUCCUGAAUAUCCCUCAAGGAGGACUUGAGUUAAAGACCAGGAUCUUUGUAGAAGUGAAAGCAUCCAACCUCACUAACAGAUUCAAUGUGCUUCUGGAUCGAUGCUACGCCACAACUUCACUUUUCCCAAUCAACACCACCUUUUACGAUCUUUUUGUUGGGUGUAACCGGGAUGGCCAGACAGUCAUGGGAGUCAACGGAGAGCAGCAGGAAGCUCGUUUCUCCUUUGAGGCUUUCCGCUUUGUCCACAGCGCAGAUGAAACUAUGUCCACCUACUACGUACACUGUGCCACCAGGCUCUGUGUGAGCACCUUCUGCCCCACCCUCAUUCAGAACUGUUCCACUAACACCAGUUCCAGAAAGCGCCGCAGUGUCGCCGACAGCCAGGACACCACUGUGAGCGACAUGGCAACCGUCAGCUCGAGCCGCAUCACCAUCCGCCUAGACAAAGGGCAUCUGGUGGCACCUGGAGGUAUUCAGCAGACUGAUACGAGCAGCACUGUGGUGGCGGUUUCUGCUGCAGCCGCCAUUGUCGGAGCGAUCUGCGUCAGUCUGGUGGCUUUCAUUGUUUACCAGAAGCACAACUCCAAACCUGCUUCGAAAAAGGAAGUGCUGUACCCACAGGAGUGA